AUGUCAUCAAAUCAAAAUCAACAAGCUGGUCAACAAUGGAACAACCAGCAACAACGACAACAACAAGGGAAGAAUUGUCAAAAUGCUAACUGUCAACAAAAUGAAGAAUGUUGUCAAGGUGGUAUUAAUCAACAACGACAACAAGAUCGUCAAGAUCUAAAUCGUCAACAAAACCAACAAAAUAACCAAGGUUUAAAUGCACAACGACAACAACAACAAAACCAACAAGCUGGUCAACAACUAAACAACCAGCAACAACAACGACAACAAGAUCGUCAAGAUCUAAAUCGUCAACAAAAUAAUCAAGGUUUAAAUGCACAACAACAAAAUCAACAAGGUGGUCAACAAAUAAACAACCAGCAACAACAACAAGAUCGUCAAGGUAAUGACGCUGAGCAAAAUUUGAACGCCCAACGACAACAACAACAAGGUCAACAAAGUAAUUGUGCUCAACAAUUUAAACAAGCUGCUCAAAUUGGAAAUGCACAACAACAACAACAUCCUCGACUCAUUCACUAA